CAGAGACUUCAUCUUUACAUUGGACCAAAGCCAACCAGACUCCAUCACCAUGGCUUGCUGUGUCGCCCGCUGCUGCAGUGUCCCCACCGGCCCUGCCACCACCAUCUGCUCCUCUGACAAGUCCUGCCGCUGUGGAGUCUGCCUGCCCAGCACCUGCCCACAUACCAUUUGGCAACUGGAGCCCACCUGCUGUGACAACUGUCCCCCACCCUGCCACAUUCCUCAGCCCUGUGUGCCCACCUGCUUCCUGCUCAACUCCUGCCACCCGACCCCAGACCUGCUGACUGUCAACCUCACCACCUAUGUGCAGCCAGGCUGUGAGGAGCCCUGCACCCCAAGGUGCUGCUGACCUGUGGCUUCCGUGCUUGGUGCCUGUCUUCGAAAGAGUCAACCCGGGAGCCAUAGCACUUACCUGGCAGAACCUGCAAUUAGUUUACCCUGGUUUAGAAGCUGAAGUUGAGUAACGCUGUCAUUAACAACACCUCUCCUGCCUGCCUCAACCAAAAGCAACCAGAUUCUUGGGUGACGCAGCUUCUACCUGUAACCAGAUGCAGUUUGGACGGUUGAUGCUUCAAGGUUUCUGAAGAUGUUGACUCCUUUGUGCCUUCCUUUGGGUGUUUGGGGCUUCUGAUUUCGGUCUUGGGUGGUAUCUUUCUGAAAAACUAGGGAACUUCUUCAUGAUCUUCCUAAUAAAUUUUGUGUCUGUGGCAUAGCAC